AAAUGCACCUAAAAGUUGGUUGCCAACCGCCAAUAAAAAGAACGAACGAAAGAAAGAAAGAAAGCUGGUUUCAGGAUGAACUCCUGAUUCAUCAAGAUGAAUUUAUUAACUGGCGAAUCCUGAUGCACCGAUGAGCAGGGAAGGAGCCGCAGCGGCCUCCUGGAGCUAACAUGCUAACAGCGCCCCCAUGGAGCUAACACGCUAAAACCGGCCCUCUGGAGCUAACAUGCUAACACCGCCUCCCUGGAGCUAACACGCUAAAACCGGCUCUCUGGAGCUAACACGCUAACACCGCCUCCCUGGAGCUAACACGUUAAAACCGGCUCUCUGGAGCUAACACGCUAACAGCGGCCCUCCAGAGCUAACACGCUAACAGCGGCCCCUCACAGCUAACACGCUAACAGCGCCUGCCCGAAGCUAAUAUGCUAACGGCGCCCCCCAUGGAGCUAACAUGCUAACACCGUCUCCUUGGAGCUAACAGCGGCCCCCCGUAGCUAACACGCUAACAGCUACAUCCAGGCCCAGCGGAGGGUCACCGCACUGAACCCCAGCAGCUCAACGCUGGAGUCUGACCACGUGACCGCAGAUAAUGUUCUAAUCAGAGAUCUAGCUCCUCAUCAUCGGUUACCAUGGAGAUCUAGCUCCUCAGCAUCAGUUACCAUGGAGAUCUAGCUCCUCAGCAUCGGUUACCAUGGAGAUCCAGCAGGUUCAAAGACAGUCUUCUACAUACCUGCUGACUCAGUAAUCUGGCCUCAUAGUUCAGCCUCUGGUCUACAUCUGGAACCAGAUCAGAACCUACCAUUAGAACCUUGAAUCAGAUCACAGUACCUGUGGUGGUCUGCCAGACCUGCUGACCUGUUUCAGGCCCUGGGAGUCCAGGUGUCCUGCAUGUGAACACCUGUCGCUCUGCCUGGAAGUGAUGAAAUAAAAGGCCGACUGAAGCUCCGCCCACAGCAGUCUGUUCACAGAGGGGGGGCCGUGACAAAACCGGACUGAAGCGGUUUCUGAUUCAGGCAGAACACAGGAACCACGGGUCAGAACCACUCCACCAGCUGACUGCUCUGCUCUCUGAUUGGACAGAAUCUCCCCCUGCUGACUGCUCUGCUCUCUGAUUGGACAGAAUCUCCACCUGCUGACUGCUCUGCUCUCUGAUUGGACAGAAUCUCCACCUGCUGACUGCUCUGCUCUCUGAUUGGCUCUGUGAUGAACCUGUGAUGUCAUGGUGGUAAACAGCUUCUUCUGUGGUUGGAGUCAACUGAGAGGAAACAUGGAGACAGAAGAACAUCUCCAGGAUGAGGAGAUGGUUUCUGGAAGACAUCUCUAGAAACAUCUUCCAGAACCUCCAGCUGGUUUCUCCUGAAGUUCCGACCAUCACCAGGACCUGGAUGGCUGAGAACCUCCACAGAAGAAUGAGGAACAACAUUAGUUCAGAGUUUAAACAAAUAAAUGAAACCUUCACGUUCUGUUUUCCAUCAUUCUAAGUAAAGUUCUCUCCUCCUCCAUUCUGGUUCCACAGAGAUGCAGCUGGAGUCCAGAGGGUUAAAUCCUGUUCUUAGAUUUCUGAUUCUAUGUUCAGUGCUCUUCACAGAUUCGUUUGUUUAAUAAAGAACUGAUGUUUUUCAGGUUUUGUGUUGAGUUUAAAAUGAACAGAAUUGGGGUUUUCAGUGAAGCAUGAAGACUGUAAUGUUCAUGAACAAAACUGAAAACUACACUGAGAUUGAAGAAACUAAAAUUACAGGAUUAAGAAAAUAUUAGUCAAAGAAGUGAUAUUAAUGCAAGUAUGGGAUAAAAUCAGGUAAUUAGACCAGUAUGAGUCAGUUCUAACAGUAAACAUGACAUGAAUAAACUGACCUAAAGAGUGAAAGUCUGAUGGCAUGAAGUGAAUGUCUGGAAAUGACAGAUUAUUUUAGGUAAUAUUACAUUAAAUUAUGAAAGAAUUACUGUCGGUGUGUAAAACCUGAGCUGUAGAAACUACCACGUGACCUCACCUCAGGUCAGUCUCGCGCUGAUUUGUUUUUUCUGGUUGAACUUUUAACCGGAAAUCAUCAGCUGCGCAUGCGCCGGCUGCUGAGCGGCUCAGACUCGGUCGGUAAAGUUCUCCGCAGUGUGCCGAACCAGCGGUGGAACCGGAGCCAUGGACCUCCACACGGACUCCCCGGUAAGCACCCCGACAGCCGGCCUCCUCCUCCCGGGGACGGAGCCGGUAGCGGGCCGCAGCUAACCGGCUAGCUCUGCGCAAAACUCCGGUCAGAAACCAGCGACCCUCCACCGGAACCUGCUGCCCCGAACCAGACCCGGUUCUACUGGCUCUGUCCGCCUCAUGCAGACCCAACUCUGCUCCAAGAGUAGUCCAGUAAAGGCUCAGUUCCUGUGGACCGGAGGAACCGGUAUGAGUAGAACCAGGUCGAAUCUGCCAGAAAAAAAAUACCUGAUUCUGAACCCGGUCCGGUUCUGAACGGAGUUUGGUGGAGGUUCUUAGAACAGCAGAAUGCUCUGGUCCAGGUUGUCGUCAUGGCGACCAGCUGCAGACAGAUGUUGGUCUCUGAUGAACGGGUCUUGUGGUUUCAGAGCGACCCGGUUCAGGUGAAGGUGGAGCCGGAAGAAGACGUGGAGAUCCAGUCCUACCCGGUCCUCAGGAAGCUGUCCGUCGCUCUGACGGACUGCAGGUCGUGGCUGGAGGGGCGGGACUUCCUGUUUCUAGACCAGCACCCUCAGCUGUGCGAGUCGACGCCGCUGCAGAAGCCGUCCACCAACUCUGGCAGGAAGAUGGCGUACUGCCCCGAGUGUAAGAAGGGCUUCUACAAGCAGGCUCACCUGGAGGCUCACCUGAGGGUCCACCGAGGCCAGAAGCCCAACGAGUGCUGGCAAUGCGGGAAGACCUACCCGACCCUGAUGAGCCUGGUGGUCCACCAGCAGAUCCACGACCGCCAGGAGCCGUACCGCUGCUCGUACUGCGACAAGACCUUCGCCCUGAAGAGGGACUGGAAGACCCAUCACCGCACGCACUCCGGGACCAAACCCUUCAAGUGCUGGUUCUGUGGAGACGGGUUCUGUGAGCAGGAUGAGCUGACGGAGCACCUGCAGCAACACCAGGGGGAGAAGUGCUACCGCUGCUCGGUCUGCGACAAGAUGUUCGUGUCCUACCAGGGCUUCAACUUUCACCGCAAGUCGCACAAGAGCCAGACGUUGCUGCCGUGCAACAAGUGCGAAAAGACCUUCGCCAACCCUCAGAGCCUGAAGCUGCACCAGGUCACGCACUCCAGCAAGAAGCCGCACAAAUGUCCCACCUGUGGGAAAGGCUUCAAGCUGCUGAGCGGCAUGCGCUGCCACCAACGCACCCACGAUGACCUGCGCGACUACCACUGCGCCGAGUGCGGCAAGUGCUUCUCCAGCCUGCAGGGCCUGAAGCUGCACAACCGGACCCACACCGGCCUCAAACCCUACAAGUGCCCCGAGUGCGGCAAGAGGUUCACGCAGUCUCCACACCUCAAGUCCCACAUGGUGACCCACACCGGCGAGCGGCCGUUCCUCUGCACCACCUGCGGCAAGAGGUUCACACAGUCGUCCCACCUGAGGUCCCACAUCACGCUGUUCCACGUGGGCGAGAAGCCGUUCAGCUGCGAGGACUGCGGCAAGAGCUUCACCAUCGCCCACUACCUGAAGAUGCACCGGCUGAGCCACACCAAGGAGAAGCUGUACCAGUGCACUUACUGCCAGAAGUCCUUCUCCUACCACAAUUCGUGGCGGGCGCACGAGAGGAUCCACACCGGCGAGCGUCCGUUCAGCUGCCAGGACUGCGGCCAGAGCUUCAUCACGUCGGGCUCGCUGCUGAGCCACCAGAGGUCCAAACACACCGGUGAGAAGAGCCACUACUGCAUCACCUGUGGAGAGUUCUUCUUCACCAGCACGCUGCUGCGCGUCCACCAGCUGGACCACACCGGGGAGCGGCCGCACGCCUGCAGCUGCGGAAAGACCUUCAAGACCAAAGGUGUGCUGCGCUACCACCUGAAACGCUUCACCGAUCACCGGCCCGCCCAGUGACCCGCCUCCUGGAGGGGGCGUGGCCACAGACAGGUGCAACAGUAAGGAGCUUCUUCAGGUGAUCUGAGCUGGAGGAGCAGCGCCACCUACUGGUUGGAUGGUUUUCUUUCACUACAUGAGGACAGAAGCUGCUGCAGAAGGUUUUAGUUUCUUCAGUAUCACAAACUCUACAGGAACAAAGAACCACAGACACUAACCCAGUAGAACCCAGUAGAACCCACGCUUCUGUCACUGUCCCACAGCAUCUACCUGUUCUCCUCAUAAUGGUCCACCAAUGAAGGGUCAAUCCAUCUGAUCAGGUAUUGAUCUGAUCAGGUAUUGAUCUGAAGGUUUGAUAGAUCUGAUCAGUUAUUGAUCGAUCAGGUGUUGAUCUGAUCAGUUAUUGAUCUGAUCAGUUAUUGAUCUGAUCAGGUACUGAUCUGAUCCGGUAUUGAUCUGAAGGUUUAAUCAAUCUGAUCAGGUAUUGAUCUGAUCAGUUAUUGAUCUGAAGGUUUAAUCAAUCUGAUCAGGUAUUGAUCUGAUCAGUUAUUGAUCUGAAGGUUUAAUCAAUCUGAUCAGGUACUGAUCUGAUCCGGUAUUGAUCUGAAGGUUUAAUCAAUCUGAUCAGGUAUUGAUCUGAUCAGGUACUGAUCUGAUCAGGUAUUGAUCUGAUCAGGUACUGAUCUGAUAGUCUCUCACUAUCUGUGUUUUUAUCCUCUGGAUUCAUCGAUCAGCUGUUUUGUCUAAAUCGUGGAUCAGAGGUUCCUCAAACAUCUGGUUUAGUCCAAAGAUCUUCAGUUUUCUGUCCCAGAGGAAAGAUGCUGCCAAGUUAUUGAACAAUUGGUUAUUGACGAGCUGUUUGAUUGAUUGAUUGAUUGUAGCAGCUCUUUUUAAAGCUUCUUAAGGACAGAAAAAAAUGCUUCAUCCAGUUUUUAAUCUUCUGCUGCAGCAAACCGGAAUCACUUUUUACACCUUUUUAUUUCUGAAGAACAAAUCAAGGAAACGAGUUUAUCUGAACUGAAACGUGAUCUGGUGCUGGAGAGCAGAGAAGAUGCUCAACGUGUCACAUGACCUGACAGCCGGCCAAUCACAGCCGGUCUGUCCACCAGAAACCCGUUAAUGCUGCUGUUAUUCAUCAUGUCGUGUUCCACAAUAAAAACCAAUCAUGUUC